AUGCCUGCCCAGACGAUCGAGGAGCUCAUCGCGGUGAUCAAGCAGAGGGAUGGCCACAUGACGGAGUUCCGCCAGGCCGUCGAGGAGGUCGUGGACUCCCUCAAGGUUAUCUUCGAGCGCGAGCCGAAGUAUAUCCCAAUCUUCGAGAGGAUGCUUGAGCCGGAGCGCGUCAUCAUCUUCCGCGUGCCCUGGAUGGAUGACGCUGGACGCAUCAACGUCAACCGCGGCUUCCGUGUCCAGUACAACUCUGCUCUCGGCCCCUACAAGGGUGGCCUCCGCUUCCACCCCUCUGUCAAUCUUUCGAUUCUCAAGUUCCUCGGUUUCGAGCAGAUCCUGAAGAACUCCCUCACCACGCUCCCGAUGGGCGGCGGCAAGGGCGGCUCCGACUUUGACCCAAAGGGCAAGUCCGACAACGAGGUCAUGCGCUUCUGCCAGUCCUUCAUGACCGAGCUCCAGAGGCACGUCGGCGCCGACACUGACGUUCCUGCCGGCGACAUCGGCGUCGGCGCCCGCGAGAUCGGGUACCUGUACGGACAGUACAAGCGCCUGAGGAACGAGUUCACAGGCGUCCUCACAGGCAAGAACGUCAAGUGGGGCGGGUCUUUCAUCAGGCCGGAGGCCACGGGCUAUGGCGCUGUCUACUUCCUGGAGGAGAUGUGCAAGGACAACAACACUGUGAUCAGGGGUAAGAACGUCCUUCUUUCUGGCUCCGGCAACGUUGCCCAGUUUGCUUGCGAGAAGCUCAUUCAGCUCGGCGCAAAGGUCCUCACCUUCUCAGACUCCAACGGGACCAUUGUCGACAAGGACGGGUUCAACGAGGAGAAGCUGGCCCACCUCAUGUACCUCAAGAACGAGAAGCGUGGGCGUGUUUCCGAGUUCAAGGACAAGUAUCCCAGCGUCGCGUACUACGAGGGCAAGAAGCCUUGGGAGUGCUUCGAGGGCCAGGUGGAUUGCAUCAUGCCUUGCGCCACUCAGAACGAGGUUUCCGGGGACGAUGCGACGCGCCUGGUCGGCCUCGGCCUCAAGUUCGUGGCCGAGGGUGCGAACAUGCCCUCCACGGCAGAGGCUGUUCACGUCUAUCACGCCAAGGGCGUGAUGUACGGACCCGCCAAGGCCAGCAACGCGGGCGGUGUCUCUGUCUCCGGCCUCGAGAUGUCCCAGAAUUCCGUGAGGCUCCAGUGGACGGCUGAGGAGGUCGACCAGAAGCUCCGCGGCAUCAUGAGGGGCAUCUUCGUCGCCUGCCGCGACACUGCCAAGAAGUAUGGGCACCCCAAGAACUACCAGAUGGGCGCGAACAUCGCCGGGUUCCUGAAGGUCGCAGACUCUAUGAUCGAGCAGGGCUGCGUGUGA